AUGGUGAAUUAUACAGUGACCGUAUCCACUACCAAUCUCGCUGCUGCCUCCACUUUGAACAAUGUCUUCAUUAAGCUGGUGGGCACUGAUGGGGAGAGCGAAAGCACCUGGCUCGUAAGCCUCAAAGGGGCUUUAACUUUCAUGAGAGGAGCAGUGUCCAGUUUUACCGUGUGCUGCCCAGUCUCCAUUGGAAAGCUGGUCCUGAUAGAGAUACAAAAAGCGUAUUUCCCACUCUUCCUUGAAGACUUUUGGUUCCCUGCCAAGGUGGAAGUGAAAUCCCCUGAGGGUGACACCUACAACUUUCCCAUCUACCGCUGGAUCACUGACAGUGAUGUGCACCGCUUCAGAGAGGCAACAGCUCUGACAGUUUUUGAAGACAACCAUCAUCUUGGCAGGUACAGUCGGGAGCAGGAGCUGCAGCAGCGAGAGAAAGACUAUCGCUGGGAUGUGUAUGUAGAGGGAAUACCUCACUGCAUAAAGGCAGAGGACCCUCUUUCUCUGCCUUGUGAGGUCCGCUUCUCCUUCACCAAGACCACGGAGUUUCUCUACACAGCAUCCACUGGGCUGGCUGAGCUGCAACUGAAGGGACUCUCUAAUUCCAAGGAGAACUGGUCUGAUAUUGAUGCUAUCGAUGGUGUGUUCUGCUGCAAACGGACAGACAUAUCAGAAUAUGUCCAGAAACAUUGGAAGGAGGACGCUUUUUUUGGAUACCAGUUUCUAAACGGUGUCAACCCCAUUUUGAUCCGACAAUGUUCAACCCUUCCCGAUAUCUUUCCUGUCAGUGAUGACAUGGUCUCCCUCAGUGGUCAGUGUAGCUUGGCAGAGGAAAUGAAGAAAGGCAACAUAUUCCUGUGUGACUACAAGCGUUUGGAAGGACUGAAACCAAACACCAUCAACGGAAAGAAACAGUACUUGAUGGCUCCCCUGGUCCUGCUCCACAGAACACCUGAUGAUGAGCUGAUGCCAGUUGCGAUUCAGCUGAAGCAGACUCCAGCAGAUGACAACCCCAUCUUCUUUCCUACUGACUCUGAGUACGACUGGUUGAUUGCCAAGAUUUUUGUGAGAAGUGCAGAUUUCAACGAGCACCAACUCAAUACUCAUCUGCUGCGCACUCAUUUGCUGGCUGAAGUUUUUGCAGUGUCACUGCUGCGCAACGUGCCCAUGGUGCAUCCACUGUACAAGCUCCUUGUACCUCACACUCGCUACACCCUGCAGAUCAACUACUUAGCUCGAAAUCUUCUAAUAUCUGAAAGUGGAGUCUUCUCAAAGUUUGCAUCUUCUGGUGGAGAGGGUAUGAAGACACUCCUGAAGAGAUCUCUUUCCUCACUGACCUACAGCUCCCUCUGCAUACCGGACGACAUUGCUGAGCGUGGAAUGGAGGCUGUACCAAACUUCUACUACAGGGAUGAUGGACUCAAGCUCUGGGAUAUCAUCCACAGGUUUGUGAAAGGAGUGCUGAGCUUCUACUACAAGAAUGACGCUGAGGUCCAGAAAGACUCAGAACUGCAGAAGUGGAUUUUGGACAUUUUUGAACAUGGAUUCCUUUCCCAAGCCGGCACAGGAAUUCCCCAGAGCUUUACAACCCUGGCCGAGUUGGUCAAGUUUGUCACCAUGGUAAUCUUCACUGGCUCAGGACAGCACUCAGCUGUGAACACUGGACAGUUUGACUAUGGUGGCUGGAUGCCCAACACUCCCAUCUCCCUACAACAACCUCCACCAACCACAAAGGGGACAACAAGUGAGGCCACGAUGCUGCAGACAUUUCCUGAUGUCAACACAACGGCUCAGGGAAUGUCCGUCAUGUGGCUACUCAGCAGGCAGUCCAGUGACAUGGUCCCUCUUGGACAGUACCCAGAGGAACAUUUUAGUGAGAAGAUUCCCUGCAAGCUGAUAAAGGAUUUUCAAGGAGAGCUUGAAGUAUUAAGUGCAGCCAUCAAAGCCAGAAACAAGAAUCUGGAGGUCCCAUACACAUACAUGGAUCCAACGGUGGUCGAAAAUAGCGUGGCCAUUUGAAUAUCAGAAGGUGUGACCUCCACAGAUGUCGUCCAAAUUCAGCUUCAUAUUGACAAAAGUGAGAAAGGGGAGAACUGCAUGUUCUGUUUUUUAGUGGAAAGAAAAACUGCUUGUGAUUGAUGUAUGCUUAUUGAUUUUACCGUGGUAAAAAUGCAGUUUUAAGCCACAUCUUAAGUCUUCUUGGUUCUUCAAUGAAUAUUCAGGGCAGGUAAUCAAAAUACAUUUGCAAUUGUGUCAAUUUGCUUUGCUUUUUCUUUGUCAACAAAAGAAUGAUUUUAUCUAAUAUUUUUUCUGGGAAUACUCUACAGCAUAUGUGUUGUGUUGUAGCUUUUUACUGCUAAUUCAUCAACAGUCUGUUCUCUAUGUGAGCCUCUUUGUU